UUUGUAUAAUUCUGUCGAUAUUGUCGAUAAGCGUAUUAAUAGACGCAGGGGUAAAUCCGACAGCACCUAUCUCUGAUACUGUUUGUCAACCUGGUUCAACUCUCAGAAUAGCGUGGCAAGACGAUGGAAAAUCACCAAGUAUUGCGUCAUUUCCUAAAUUAAUAGUAUAUUUUAUGUCAGGCUCCGACCAACAACAAAAAUAUCUUGCAAAAGUUUGCGAACUCUUGCCUAGCAAUAGUCAAUUAUAUUGUGAUCAUGUUAUACCUCAAGUUAGACCUGUUGGCAAAUGGUACUUUUACAGGUUUACUGAUGGUGCUAAUACUACCAAUGAAUACUACACAACAAGAUUUACGAUUACUGAUUCAAAUGGUCAAUAUCCGCCAGCUACAUCUCCAGCGCCUCCAUCUGGAAAAAAUCCUGGCCAAGAUGGCGAAAUAGUAUCCAACUCGACCAAUUCUUCGCCAACUUCUUUAAUUGGUAGUUCACCAACUUCAAGCAGUAGUAUACCGACUUCUUCCAGCAGUGAUACACCAGCUUCCUACGUACCAGUGGCACAAGCGUCAAAAACCGCACAAUCCAACACUAAACCGUCGAGCGCUCAAACUGCCAAACAAUCUGGGUCUAGUAAAGAAGUAGCAGACUCAAAACCAAGCAAUGUUGUUAGCGGUGCUUCUUUCUUAGAGAAUACUAAAGAAUUAGUGUUCAGUGUAAUAGUAGGAUUGACAUUGAAUUUUUUGGUGCUUCCCAUUUGA